AUGGCGAGCGACGAUGAAGACACGGAGACUAUCGGCGAUGGUGACUUUGACGACUACGAGGAGAACGAGAUUGAUGAGGAUAUCUUAGACGCGAUAGAGGCCGGGGCUGACGAUGCUAGCGAUGGCGACUCAAGUCCGCCCAGACGGAAGCGUUCUCCUUCCCCUGCUGCAAGGCGAAGAGCAGCUCUUCGCACCUCGAUAUUUUUUCCGAAGUCCUACCAGGUGGAAGCUAUUGCUGCUCUUCCACAUCCAGUGCCCACGCACGCACUUGCAGCUUCCCCAUGUAUGUUGCACCUUCUGACAGGUUCCGAGGAUGGCUACGUGCGCGACUACGACAUCUUUAGUGCCGUCAACGGCAAGGUUUUUCUAUCUGCUCCUCAAAGGCAUCAUGCAGGCGUUGUGGAAGGAAUUAUGAAGGCGGGCCAGAUACGGUCGUGGUGGGAAAACCCUGCUGGACCCGGAGAUGGAGGCGACUCGGACCUGUCUCCUGUGCAUAGCUUAGCCAUUCACUCUGACGCACUAUGGGGUCUGGCUGGAACCAAUACAGGUCAUGUGAACCUUUUUACUGUUCGUCAUGAGCCUGGCCGUCACAUCACAAGUUUGACAGGCCACCGCGGCCCAGUGUCAGCCUUGUCACUCCAACACGAUGAGAAGGGGUUCUUCUCGGCAGGAUGGGAUGGUGAUGCCUUGCAAUGGGACCUAAACACCGGUCAAAUCGUUCGUCGUCUCACUGCACAUGGAGCACAGCUAGCAGCACUAGCAGUUCGACCUCUUGCUUCUGAUUAUCCCCAACUGGCUCAGGGUCCUCUAGUAAACAUCUCGGUGAAUACUCAGGCUGUCUCCGAGGAUACGAAACCAUCUCAGCUUCCUUCGACUCAAGCGAAGACGGAACCGCUUGUGACUGACUUACCUACAAACCUUGGCGGUGGCUCGUCCGCCUUACCCUCCAGUUCCCAGCAGCCUCAUCAGCAGGCCCCUGCUCCAGACGUGGAUUCUAAAUCAGACGCAUCUUUCGAUCCUCUUUUCGACGCUGAGCCUGACGCCGAUGGCGAAGCUGACACCUUCCGAAUGGUAGCCUCUCCAACUCCGGAGAUGAAACUCUUACCACAGUCGCUUGCCAUGCCUGCCUCCAACUCUGGGCCUGCAUUGCACCUUCCGUCGACAGGACCUCCUGUACAGACACCUCAAAGGCCGGCUCCCAUGCCGAAAAAUGCCCCUCCUUUGCUAGACCGUGUCUCUUGUGCGGCCUAUUCUCCGGAUAUCUUGAUGACGGCUGCAAUGGAUGGCCAAGUUGUCCUUUGGGAUCUGCGUGUCUCCGUUCCAGGCCCAGGCCGAGGAGUUGGACGACUUUGGAUGAGCGAAAAGACGCCGCCAUGGUGUUUAUCCGCAUGUUGGUCCGUGAAUGGCGCCCAACUGUACGCCGGCAGAAGAAACGGAACUAUUGACGUGUGGGAUGUGCGACAACUUGGGACUUCUGGUCCGGCCGAGGUCCCCCGCCUUUUGAAGACGUUGAAGAACCCCAGCAGCUCUGGAGUCGUCAGCUGUGUAGCGGCGUUCCCGGAUGGGCGACACAUUGCAUGUGCAUCCAACGACAAUAUUCGACUGUGGAACGCUGCAGAGGCUGGGGAGGGCGAGACGCGAGGGAGGGUGCAGUUUAAGAUUAUUCCAGGACAUCAUGGUGGAAUAGUCUCACAGAUGGUAAUUGAUCCAGGUGCACGCUUCCUCGUGAGCGCAAGUGGGAAUAGGGGUUGGCACGGGGACGCUACCCGCACGGUUUUUGUACAUGACAUUAAGACCAUCCUUUGA